UUCCAUCAUGUGAUAAUGAUCAGAAGGUUUCACACCAGAGUAACACCACAGAUUUUAAUAGAGUUGAUACUCAUCUAACCAUGAAGACUACAGUGUUGUAUGCGCUGCUCCUCUGUAGCCUCGCCUGCUGCAUUCACGCCGGACCAGAUGAAUGGACUAUAACUGGAAAACCAUCUCCAGGCCAUGAGGUGAAGCUCACCUUUGCAAUCAAGCAGCACAACCCGGACUGGCUCAAAGACAAACUCAAAGCUGUGUCCUACCCAGACUCUCCACACUACACUGACUACAUGAACUUUGACGAGAUUGCUCAGUACGUGUAUGGAGAACCAGAAUCUGUGAAAGUCGUCACUGAAGCUUUGGAGUCGAUGGGAGCAAGCAAAAUUGAUUUUACUAUCGGACGAGAUUUCGUUGUCGCCUUGGUUCCUUUUGAAAAUGUUGAGCAAUAUUUUAAUACUCAAUUGCUCGAAUUUGAAAGCACGACUGAUGGAUCAAAGAUUGUAACUUCUUUCCACCACGUUGUUCCAGUCUCUCUGAAAGAGCAUGUUGAUUUUCUAUCAGGACUAACCUUACUGGAAUCGGGAACUAAUUACAAAGAACGUAAACCACAACAAGGUGCACCGAAAACUGGCGUUAGCGUGACACCUAAAUCCAUUGACAAGGACUACAAUAUUUCAGGCUAUACCUCUUCUAACGCUAAUAAUUCACAAGCUAUUGCAGCAUUCCUAAAACAGUAUUUCGAUGCUUCCGAUUUGCAGACAUUUCAGAAGAGAUUUGAUAUUCCUGCAAAACCAAUUGCAAAGAUUGUUGGAAAAGACAGGCCUACAAACCCAGGCAUUGAGGCCAACCUCGAUGUGCAGUACAUCAGUGCUACUGGUAGAAACGUUGACACUUGGUUUAUUUCAGUUUCCACCUAUUCCAACAAUAAGCAAGAAGAUUUUCUUUCCUGGAUUGUCAGUCAAGUCAACACUACUAGCUCCCCCUGGGUCCAUUCAGCAAGUUAUGGAGAUGACGAAUCCUCCAUUGCCACUGAUUAUCUAACCCGAGUGGACGCUGAAUUCAUGAAGUUUGGAAUAUCCGGUCGCACGGUUUUAUUAGCUACUGGUGACAGUGGAGUUGAAUGUAAUGGUGCUCAAAUGUUCACCCCUAACUGGCCCACUAGUAGUCCGUACAUCACUGCGGUCGGAGGAACGAUCAGUCUUGAUACAGUAUGGUCAUCUGGUGGAGGUGGAUUCUCAAACUAUUUCGGAAUGCCAGACUAUCAAAAAGAUGCAGUUAAAGCUUAUUUGGACAGUGGAAAGGGACCUUCUGUAUCACAUUUUAAUGUCAGCGGACGCGCAUAUCCCGAUGUUAGUGCAUUUGCAGUCAACUUUGAGGUAAUUGAGUACGGGCAGGCGAUACCAGUUGGUGGUACUAGCUGUGCAGCUCCCACUGUGGCUGGGAUUAUCUCGAUUCUUAACGAUGUUCGACUCAACAAAGGACAAAAAACACUCGGUUUCCUCAACCCGUUACUGUACAUGACUCUCAAAGGAAAUGGAUUUUUUGAUAUUGUCAACGGUAACAACGGCAACGGCGUGUGCAGGGGAUUUGAGGCUGUCAAAGGUUGGGACCCAGCUUCUGGAUGGGGAAGCCCCAAUUUUGGGCUAUUGAAAGGACUUGUUUAAGAUUGGCUGCUGCUGUUGAAGCAUGAUUAAUAACUUAAUUUGCUGAAAAUGACAUUGUAUUGCCAUAAUAACUUUUUUACUGAUGUGUAUUUAUAUAUUAAUUUUGUAUGUUUGUUUGAAUUAUGCUCAUUAGUUUAUUUACUGUCA